UCGUCUUCGUCUCUCCUUUGUUGUCUCUCUCUCUCUCUCUUCUCCCUCUUCAACCUUUUCUCCAUCCUCACAAACUGUCCCUACUUCCUUUGAUAACCAUUUGCUCCUCACUAUCGCAAGCACAGUAUCCACCAUUCAUCCUUGCUUUUCUCUUCACAUUGUUCUCUGUUUCUCUCCGUUUUUUUAAGAUAUGAACAAAGGGUUUUAGCUACUAAUCUCUCCCGGAACCAAAGUAAUGAAAAGGGACUUUCUGCUUCUGGGUAUCAUCAUUCUCCUCCUCUCCGUUUCUGUAGCUUCAGCUCCUUCAUCAGCAUCACCAGCAAAGAUUGUUAGUGGGUUCAUCUCAAAUCACGGAACUUCCCUCAUGAAAUGGCUAUGGUCUCUCAAAACCACCUCUAAGAAAACAGCGGUUUCUACGAAGUCGAUGGUGAAAUUCGAAAACGGGUAUUCAGUGGAGACGGUUCUAGACGGAAGCAAACUCGGUAUCGAUCCUUACUCUCUCCACGUCUUGCCUAACGGCGAGCUGCUUAUCCUCGAUUCCGAGAAUAGCAACGUUUACAAGAUCUCAUCUUCUCUUUCCCUUUAUAGCAGACCAAGGCUUGUUACUGGCUCACCUGAAGGAUAUCCUGGUCAUGUGGACGGUAGGUUACGAGACGCGAGGUUGAAUAAUCCAAAGGGGCUUACUGUGGAUGACAGAGGAAAUAUCUAUGUUGCAGAUACUGUGAAUAAUGCUAUCAGGAAGAUCAGUGAAGCAGGAGUCACAACCAUUGCUGGAGGGAAAGUGGUUCGUGGGGGAGGAGGUCAUGUGGAUGGUCCGAGUGAAGAUGCAAAGUUUUCAAAUGAUUUCGAUGUUGUGUACGUUGGAAGCAGCUGUUCUUUGCUAGUCGUUGACCGUGGAAACCGAGCCAUCAGAGAGAUUCAACUCCAUUUUGAUGACUGUGCUUAUCAGUAUGGAAGUGGCUUUCCUCUUGGGAUUGCAGUUCUUAUAGCGGCAGGUUUCUUUGGUUACAUGCUGGCUCUGUUGCAACGUAGGCUCGGUUCUAUCUUUUCGCAUCACACUGAUCAAGAGAUAUACAAAGCCGUUCCUGAUCAAAAGCCUUUGAAACCAGUCAGACCAUCUCUGAUUUCAACCGGAGAUGAGCAAGAGCAGCAAGAAGAAAGCUUCCUCGUGCCGUUACGAGUAUUCAUGUCGAAUGCUUGGUUGUUUGUAGCGGAGCUGUUAAGUGGAAUGUUUCCUGGUCUCAAAAAGAAGAAGACAGUCAGCUUCAGCUUCAGUGACCAAGAAACAAAUCAUUCUGCUUACAGCACAGCUCCAUGGCCAGUUCAAGAGAGCUUUGUGAUACACAACAACGACGAACCACCACCUCCCAUCGAGAGCAGAAACAUCACUCCCAAAAAGACUUACCCUUUCAUGUCUAAAGACGCGGAGAGUACGCAACAGCUUCGUCAGAGCCGUGCCUUGUUCAGAAGCUUGGACCCUGAAUUCCGAGAGGAACAGCAGCAGCAACAGAAACGUAAGCAGCAGCAGCAUCACCGUAGGCAUCACUCAACGAUCCCACACACUCAUUAUGAGCGGAUCAGUGAGAAGACUAAUGAGAUUGUGUUUGGACCGGUCCAGGAGCAAGACCAGAGGCGUGUGGCAGCAGCAGGCACUGAUCAGAUGAAUAGUCACCAGAAUCUUCAUUACAGAGCAGACCAAUCUGUGAUUUACCCAUAUGGUUACUAUUCCUAUACAUGAGAAGUUGAUUAAGAGCAUUGUAGCUCCGGGGUACAGGUGGGUAUUUAGAUUUAUUGAGAGGUGACAUUUUGGGGAUUUGGGUAUUUAGAACUUGUAAGAAAAAGUAGUAAACUUUAGUUAUUAUUCA